GGAGACAGAACUACCGCCGCCGUCUCUAGAGGAAGUGCCUGCUGGAUACUUUGGUCGCUAACUCACAGCUAAGAAGUAAACAGCGUGGAUGGACAUUGACAAGAACUGAUCUCUAAACCAAACUUUCGACCAUGAAGGAGGACAAGGAGAACACCCGCCCCAAGGAGAGGAGGAUGGAGGGGAAAUGCGAGGAGGGAGAGAAGAUCGAGAAGCUGAAGGAGAGGAGAGAGGCGAUGACAAAGAUCGUGAUCAGACGUCUGCCCCCGAGCCUCACCAAGGAGGAGCUGGAGGAGCAGCUGCAGCCGCUGCCAGAACUCGACUAUCUGGAGUUCUUCUCCAGUGACACCAGCCUCUCCCCCCACGUCUUUUCAAGGGCGUAUAUUAACUUCAAACAACAAGAGGACAUUGUCCUCUUCAGAGAUAGAUUUGAUGGAUAUGUUUUCAUCGAUGGCAAAGGACAAGAAUAUACCGCUGUUGUGGAGUUUGCGCCUUUUCAGAAGAUUGGCAAGAAAAGAAUCAAAAAACGAGAUGCAAAGUGUGGAACCAUAGAUGAUGAUCCUGAUUACGAAAGAUUCCUGGAAGUAUAUAAUGGACAUGAUGAUGAAAAGAUGACAUCCACUCCAGAGACUCUCUUGGAAGAGCUUGAGGCGAAAACCAAAGAGCUUGGUGCCAGAAAAACAACUCCCCUCUUGGACUUUCUGAAGAAUAAGCAGAGAAUCAGAGAGGAGAAGAAGGAGGAGAGGAAGAGGAGGGAGCUUGAACGCAAGAGACAGCGUGACGAGGAACGCCGUAAGUGGCGCGACGAAGAGCGACGGAGACGCAAAGACAACGACAAGAUGAAGAAACCGGACCGGCCCUCAGACAAAGACCAAGUGAAGGAGGAGCCCAAGAUCAAGCUCCUGAGGAAACCAGACAGAGGGGAGGAGAUGGACACGGAGAAGCCUAAAGACAAGCCGAAGAGACUCGAGAGGCCAAUGAAAGACGAUAAAGUGAUGGGCAGUUUGGAUCUGAAGAAGAGGACGAUAAUCGAUAACAAAGAAGACCGACCCAGGAAGGUCGAUGAGGAGGGACGCAAAGAGUUCCGGGAGCGUGACACCGUCCGGGACCGGGAACGUGACGCUGUUCGAGACCGGGACGCCGUCCGAGACCGGGACGCCGUUCGUGACCGGGACGUUGUCAGAGACCGGGACGUUGUCAGAGACCGGGAACGCGACCGGGAGAGGGACAGGGAACGCCGGCAGAAGGAGAAGGACCGCAUCCGGCGUCAGGACGAGGACAGGAGGCGGCGGCGGGAGCGCCACGACGGCGAGAACGCCUGCAGGAAGAGAGAAGAGGCCGGGAAGCGGGACAAGGAGCGCGACUGGGACAAGAAGAGGGGAGGCAGCGCCAACGAGUCUGCCGCCAACGAGCGGUCGGCCAAGGACAACCGGAAGGAAGAGAAUAUGAAGAGAGAUCGCAUGCGCAACAAGGAUCGACCUGCCAUCCAGCUCUAUCAGCCAGGGGCCCGCAACCGCAACCGUGGUGGCGGAGGGGGAGGAGGUGGGGGGGGCAGUGGGGGAGAGUCCCAGCCGGCAGAAGGAAAGCCCGACAACGAGUCCAAGAGAGCCAACGACAUGGGAGACGAUUGAAUCAGUUUUGGGGCAACAUGCAUGUGGAGCGUGGGGUGCAGGACGGGGCCGGCAGGGCUCUGAGGGGAACACACCGGUGCCACAGUGUAGCGUGUAGGUGCGUCCUAUAACCAGACCGGGGCGCAGUGAUGUCAUGGUGCCACACUCGUCCGUUUGUCGGUCAAUAAAGGAUUAGGUAACACAGCACUUCCUGACUGGUGUACAUUUGGCUCUAGGGACCUGUCGCUGAUGCCAAAGCUUCUUUGGGACUUCAUUAAAUGCCAAGUGGCCUUAUCACAGUGUUGCUACGCUUCUGUCAAGUGUUGCAAACAUUGGAGCUUCAUACUGCUGAACAGUCCAUCUAUGCCACACCCGUACACAUUUAAAAUUAGUUCUGCAAUAGAGCUCUGCCCUCACCGUUCUGUUUUUGACAGAAAUGGUGUUACCAUGCAGGAUAUUUACUGUGUUUCUCUACUGUAUGUUCUUACAUGUAUUAUAUAAAAGAUCAUGGAAGAAAUGCAGUUAUUUUUCUCCUGCAACAAAAACAUUUGUGCCAUUUGAAUACAGCGGUUGCCUUAUGUGUGGACGUGAAGGAAUUAUUUGUUCAGUUUAGAAACUGAGACAUUUAUUCACUGAUACAGCGAUAAAGGAGAAAUAGCCAUUUGUGACUUUAGAACUGUGAGCUUAAGCAUCGCUUCAAGCCUGCCUGCAACCAUCAACAUACCGACCUGUGGCCUUCAAACGUCAAUUCAAAGAAUUCAAGAUUAUCCCUGCAUAAAAAACAAAUUUCAUAAUGAAUUAAACAGAGUACUGCAUGUAAUCCAAGCUCAUUUUGUUGGAAUGAAAAAUAAAAUGGUAAUUCAUGAAA